CCUCAGCCGCACACCACGCAGUUUUUCCCUUCGCUUCUCUCCCUUUCGCGCAGUUCGAACUUCAGUGCUUUUUUCGUGCGACGACACUUGUGAUUUUUCCCCUGGGACUUUGUGAUUUUUUUCUUUUUUUUCUUUUCUUUUUAAUUUAUCAAAAUUUGGUGAUGAUUGGUUGCUGCUCAGAUUUUUGAGAAGAGGAUUUGAUUUGUUUACCUUCCCUCCUGCAGUUCGCUCGUCAUUAUGUGUGAAACGGUGCCACAAACAUCCAACUGGCACGUGAAAAGCAAGCUGGAUCACCAUCACCACCAUCACCACGUGUCGAUGAACGUGCCGUCAGGCGCGCUAUCGCCACCGGCCACACUGUCGCCGCCGAGUAGUCCGUCGAUCCAUCCGAACUGUCCAUGGAGUCCAACGUCGAUAUUUUCCGCUGGACAGUCGCCGACCAGCAAUAAUCCUCCCGAGCGCCUAAGUGCCUUCACCUUGGUAUCCAACUACGCCAACGAUCUGCAAAGGCUUCAGCCCGCAACGAGAGCGUCAAAUGCGCGCCGCGUUGCAGAGAUGAUGUACAGCGGUUACGGAAGCGUUGCCGCUGCCUGGUGGGCACACCAGGCUGUCGCCGCGGGUCUGCUUCUGCAGCAGCAGCAGCACUCGCCCACCGCCUUUCCUAGUCAGACCAGACUCGAUGCCUACGCCGCGCCGCCGAGUCCUGCCCUCGGCUCCUCGCCCCGAAGAUGCACGCCCGAGAAAGCCAAGCACCUGGACGAGGUGCCGCUGAACCUCAGCACGAAGCCCAGCGACUUGUCGUCGCGCGUGAGCGUCAGCAGCAACAGCAGCAGCUCCAGCAGCGGCAGCGCCGGCAGCGGCAGCUGCGGCGCCAGGGCCAAUCACCGCAAGAGCGAGAUCUGGUCGCCCGGCUCGGUCUGCGAGAGGGAGGCCCGCGAGUCCAUCGCCAGCUGCUCGCCGGCCUCCAGGAACAACAACGACAGCCCGAUGACGAUGGCGCCGUCCAGCCGACAGAUUCAUCACUCGCCGCUCACGCCGCCCAGCGCCAACGAGCGCACGUUCCAGUGCAAGCAGUGUGGCAAAGCCUUUAAGAGAUCGAGUACGCUGAGUACGCACCUGCUGAUACACUCGGACACCAGGCCUUAUCCAUGUCAAUAUUGCGGCAAGCGGUUUCACCAGAAGUCCGACAUGAAGAAACAUACUUACAUCCAUACUGGUGAAAAGCCACACAAAUGUGUGGUCUGCGGCAAAGCGUUCUCUCAGAGUAGCAAUCUGAUAACGCACAUGCGCAAGCACACGGGCUACAAGCCCUUCCAGUGCGGACUAUGCGACAAAGCGUUCCAGCGCAAAGUCGACCUACGCCGUCAUCGAGAGGGACAGCACCCAGCGGCACCGGCACUGGACUAUCGCUCGCUCAAAGUACAAUCGUCCGCUAGUCCGACGCACGACGCCGGCUAUCACAGUCCAAUCAGUGCUACGAGUUGAAGAUGAAAUCGCCCAAACAGGUAUUCUUUCACGAUGUGCCGUUCGCGUACCAGUUGACGACCACGAAAGGGGAUGAUCGUAGCUUUCUUGGAAAAGCGCGUUUCCCCGUGACAGAGAGGGGGAGGGAGAGAGACGAAGAGAUACCGAUCUCUCGCUCGAAUCACCAAACCCUCUGUUAUUCCGAGUGCCUUUUGCGAAAGUCGUAUUUACUAUAUACACACUUGGGUCGUCGUGCUGCAUAUUAUACAUAUUUUCAGAAUUUUCAUUUUUAUUCUUCGUCGCGCACGAUGUAUUCUUUUUUCCUUUUUUAUUUUAUUACAUACGCAAGUGCUCUUACACGCGUGUGUGGUUAACUAAGCGCACUUUCAUACGUAUACGCAUAGCAAUAAAGGGAUAACUUGUAAAUACAACACUGUGUAACGAUUCUUAUAAGUGUCAUAUAGUCCGUCGAAGCCAAAGCCGUCCGUGAUCGUUGAUUUUAUAUUUGUCUUUGAAGGAUCGUGCAUGCAAACUAGGCAAUUUUCAUUUUGCAAAUUCUCUUAACGGCGCGCUCUCGCGGGCGCGUUGCGAAUUCGGCAAGUGACUUAAAAGUGUAUAAGAAAAAAAAAAUUAAUAAUGGAAAGCGACUUGAACCGUGAUGUUAAAAUCGGGCAAAAGUUUCAUAACGGCUAGAGGACCAAAGAUAGUUUAAGGUUGAGAAACAAAAAGUGGCUCGAUGACGAAUCGCGCAUCGCAUUCGUAAUUUCUUCUAUUUUAAGUGAACAAUGUUUCGAGUCAGAAAUAAAAAUGCGCGCAUAUCGCCGACUGUACCAUAAUCUGUACUUAUAAGACACCAAGCAAGCCUUAGAGUAAGUCUUUCGUAGUAUCUAAGUAAUUUAAAUAAUUUUACUUUAUAUUUAGGAUUCUCCUUCAUUUCUUCUGUGCAUUCUAAGUUUAAUUCAGCGAGAGAGCCAAAGCGCGCGUGUGUAUGUGUGUGUGUGUGUGUGUGUGCGUAUGCGUGCGCGCGUGCGAGCAUGUUUCAUCAUUUUAUUUUUCCUAGAUGGUUAAGUAUUGUAAUUUUUUCAUGACGAGAGGAUCAAGCAAGUAUAGUUUAUAUAAUAUUUGUAAGCAAAAAUAUGCGCUUGCGCAGAAGCACCAAUAAAGUGUGUGUGCGUGUGCGUGUGCGUGUAUUUUUUUCUUUUCACUCUUCGAGUGACAAGGAACUAUUAUAUGUAAUAUUUUGUUUUUUUUUUAUUGCGAUGUGAAAAGAUGCAAAAGCGAAUCGAAUUUUUUUUUGUUAGGCUAUUAUAAUUCGAUACGUGAUGAUACGACAAUUAUUAUUGUGAGAAAUACGACGAUGAAAGA